AUGCAGUUCCACGUCCUGCCCAAGCUCAACAUCUCGUUGCCGACGUCGUACAUCGACCCGUCUACAAUUCAGCUGCCCGACUGGAUGUUCCUGGCUGAUCCGGAGUUCCACAAAACCGGUCCAGUGGACGUCAUUAUCGGUGCCGAGUUUUACAUGGACUUGCUGACGGACGAACGUGUGAAACCAGCUGCAGACGGUCCCACGCUGCACAACACGGUGUUCGGUUGGAUCAUUUCCGGCCGGCUUCCCGGCAGCGUUCCAGAAUCGACGUCUCUCGUAUCCGUCGCGGCAAUCGACGAGCUGCUGACCAGAUUUUGGGAACUGGAAACGUGCCGCACCAAGAGCACGCACUCGAUCGAAGAAUCCACGUGCGAGCAGCUGUUCGAGGAGACGACGGUUCGUGACGAAACUGGCAGAUUUGUUGUGACGCUGCCCAAGAAAAAGUAUGCUGUCCAGCGUCUCGGUGAGUCCAGAUCAACAGCCAUCAAACGCUUCCUGGGACUGGAGAAGCGGCUGUCAGCGAAUCCAGAUCUGAAACAACAGUACAGUGAUUUUAUUCACGAGUACGAAGCCAUGGGACACAUGAAACGGGUUGCCGGCGACACGGCCGGGGGAGAGUUACACCACUACGAAGUUGCCAUCGUCGCUGACAUCGCCAAGAUGUACCGUAUGAUUCGCGUCCAGCCUGACGACCAGAGACUACAGAGGAUUGUUUGGAGAGACAAUGUGGACGAACCCAUCCGAGUCUACGAGCUGACCACUGUCACGUACGGAACGGCGUCAGCGCCGUAUUUAGCGACCAAGUGCUUGCAAAAACUCGGUGAGAUCGGAGAAAAGACGCACCCAUCCGCUGCCAAGGUCCUCAAACGUGACUUCUACGUUGACGACAUGUUGGCAGGUGCGCACACGGUCACAGGGGCUACCCCCUGA